UUGGGGCUAUCACAACAAUAGCAACAGUGGUUUGGGUGUGGUUGGGGCUAUUACAACAAUAACAACAGUGGUUUGGGCUACUACAACAAUAACAACAGUGGUUUGGGCUACUACAACAAUAACAACAGUGGUUUGGGCUACUACAACAAUAACAACA